CACAGCAACCCUGUGUCACAGCGUCGAUUUAAUUGUCGAUAUUAAUAUCGUUGGUAAUAUUUUUCUGUUUUGCUAAAGAUAACUUUUGCUGUGUUAUUUAAAAGAAAUUAUUGUAUUUAAUUGUACAUUAAUAUGAGUGAUCCACUGCAAAAAUCUGGGAGAAUGGCGGUGGUCUCGCAGGAGCUAUCAGAUCUUAAGUUCGUUAAGUUGCACAGCCCCAAGAUGAAGAGUGUCUAUUGGCAACAUUUUGGAUUUCCUACUAAUGAGCAUGAUCGCAUCAUCACAAAACAAAAUGUUGUUUGCACAUUAUGCCAUAAGGUUUUAACAAAUCACGGCAAUACAACUAAUUUACGCGCCCAUUUACAACAUCGACAUAAAGAUAUUUUCCAAAAAAUUUGCAUUGAAAAUGGUAUAAGAAUUCCACCACGUCGCCCGCUUACAAAAGCUGGCAGCAGCAGUACAGGUCCUGGACGAAUGCCCAUAAAACGUGAUCCUCUUCGACACAAGGUUAAAAUGGAGUGUAGAGAUAGCAUUCAGGACACCUCAAACACGGGAAGUUUACAAGGCGAAGAACCAUCAAUGCUAUAUGAGACAAUGGUGCCUAUGACAUACGAAGAUGAUGACGUGAUUGAUAACGAUCAUUUCGUCAAAGUUGAAGUGUCAGGCUCAGGUACUGCAAGUGGGUUAAAAACAAAGAGUAGCACAAAUGAGCACAGUACCAUGGAAGUAAUAACUAUGGAUGCAAAGUAUACUUCGACCACUAACUAUCGGUCGGAAAUGGGAGAAAUGGUUAAUCAAUAUCAAUUGCAAGAUGCAUUGGUAAAUAUGGUCAUAAACGACGUACGCAAUGUAGAUACACUUUAUGACCAGGGCAUGUCUUUAUUUAUACGCACUCUUUGUGGUAACGUGGAAUUACCUUCUGAUAAAAAGAUUGAAACGCUUAUUAGAGAAUUGCAUAGCGAUAAACUAACAACACUGUCAAGUCAAAUUAAAAUGCACUCACAAAUAAAGCCGUAUUCUUUGGGCUUUGAAAUUUGGAAGAACGUUGAAAAUAAACACUUCAUGUCCAUAUAUUUCAACUACACCACUGAUGCACCGGAAUACAAUCUUCUCAACCAAUUGUACUGUACUGUUGAAUAUAACAAGUUUACGUCUAUAGAUGAAAUAUUUGAAGAAUUUAAUUUGGAAAAUUGUGCUGCAGCUAUUGUGAGCUACGAAUAUGACGACUAUCUUAAACACUUUUUAAAAAGCAAAAAUAUUCCCAUUAUAUUAUCCUACGAUGUCACUGUAGACAAGUGUUUGAAAUUGGUAUUUGCUUUGCCCGAUGUUGUUUCAAUAAUGGAACAAGUUAAAGAAAUGAUAAUGCGCUAUGGUUCCGAGAUUAGUUCAAAGGAUGUAGACAUUCCCACAAUAAAUGAUGAAUUCCCUUGGACUUUUUAUGAGCUUUUGAAGUUCUUUUCCGAGACUGUAUCAUGGCCUGAAGACGUGGACAUAUUGGUUGCAUCCUCCAAAGCCAUUGUGGAUACGUUGAAUAUUUUGGCCAUAACUUUGGAUACACUAAAAGGUGAAGAAAUUCCACACAGCAGCAUGUUGUCACCUAUAACAUCAAAAAUAGUAAACAAAAAAUUGGCCUUGAACGAUACUGACGAUGAAUUGGUGGCAAACAUAAAAGCAACUAUAAGCAGUGAGCUUCAAAAUGUAGUAAUUGCUGAUCACCAUUUGACUAUUGCGGCCCUGCUUGAUCCACGUUUUCAUCGAUUGACGACAGUUAAAAAUCUUGGCAAAUGUAUUCAGAUAUUAAACAGUAAAUAUAAUCAAAUGCAUCAACAAGAUGGUGGCAAUGUGCCAGUGGCAAAAGAGACACCAGAACUUAAACCAGCAAGUUCCACUUCUAGGAAAUCAAAUUUAGAGAUAUUUUUCGAUAUUCAAGACGAACCUACACCGGUAUCAGCACCACAAGAAGAUUGCAACAUUGAAAACGAUCUGAAGCGUUACAGAACAGAAGUUUACGUAAAUUUAGAUGAGUCACCAUUUUUGUGGUGGAACAAACUAGGACAUGUGUAUGGCAGUUUAAAACGUUUAUCACCCAUAUACCAGUGCAUGCCAUGUGUUGUUAACAUGAAUUUUAAGAAGCCUGUCAAACAGCAAAUUUAUGAACAGCAUAAACGGUGUAUGCUCACUGGCACUCUAAUCGAUGCUAUACUUUUCCUUCAUAAUAAUAACGACAACAAAUUUGAUUAAAAUUACCAUGCGAGGAAUAAUUGUUAACUC